GGGAGGAGCUCGUUUCUGAAACUGAGCGAGAGGAAGAUCCUUCUGGAAUAAGAGCUUCUGUUGAGACGACACAUUCAUCUUCAACGUGUUCUCCUGUGAAUUAUAAUUCAGCUCCCUGAUGAAACCUGAAGCUUCCUCACAUUCGAACACAUUUCACUUUUCAGUUCAUGUUAUCUUUAAGUCAUUGUGGUGACACGCUUCAUUAAUGUGUCUGUUUGAGUGUCGAUUGUGAAAUAUUUGUGUUUUAAACUUUGUUUUAAAACUUUAAAUGAAUAUUAAGUGACUUGCUCAUCAAAUCAGCUGCAGAUUUGUGUCUGUCCUCUAAAGACUGAUGAGCCGCAGAUCUCGUCAGUGUCCCCUCGGCCGUGAGUCUUGGUUUCACCCAGAAUCCUUCACUCCAUGCAAAUACUUGCAAACCUUAGCGUCAACUUGUUUAAAGCUCCCUCACAUCUCCAGCGUCCUGCAGCCAUGGAGGAGACGCUCGCCUGCCUCCUCCUGCUGCUGCUCAGCUCGUCCUCUGAGAAGUACGUGUACGUGGAUCAGAGGAUGAGCUGGCUUGAGGCUCAGACUCACUGUCGGACUCAUUACACGGACCUGGCUGCCGUCUGCAGCAAACAGGACACAGAGCAUAUCCAGAAGCUCGCCUCUAAGAUCGACGGAUUUAUAUGGAUGGGGAUGGAGAAAUUCUCCACAGGCGGGGUGAAGUGGAUGUGGUCGGGCGGUGCUGAGGUGACUGAGUUCUUCUGGAAGGAGGGGCAGCCAGAAAACCGAACGAAUGAGUACUCCAGUUUAAUUCAGAUGGACGGAUGGCGCGAUAGCCACUCGCACUACAGCUUUCCCUUCUUCUGCUUCAGGGUGGUGGUGGUGAGGGAGAGGAAGACGUGGGAGGACGCUCUGGACCACUGCAGGGAGCUUCACCUCGACCUGGCCAGCAUCAACUCUGAGACGGAGAUGCUGCUGAUCCAGAGCGAGCUGGGGAAACACGUCACCUCAGAGCACGUCUGGAUCGGUUUGCAUUUCUUCCCCGACGGCUGGCGGUGGGUGGACGGGCGGCCGCUGGAGUACGAGGCCUGGAGAGAGGAGAUCAGACCCGCGUGUCCUCGACUCAGUAUGAGCUGUGCUGCUCUACAGGUGACGGGGGGAGCAGCGGCGCUCGUUGACACCACAGGGGGGACCGGAGUCAGUUCUACUGCUGCUGGUGUGAAUCAGCGUGUGUGGAAGCCUCAUGACUGUGAAGACAGACUCCACUUCGUCUGCUACUGACACGUUCAGAAAUAUAUACUUCAAGUUUGUUUUUACUAGUGAUAUGAGUAUCAAGGUUAAAUUGAAGAAGCAUUUUGAAAGUUUUGUGAUGUCGUUUCUGUCCUGAUUUAAAUCUUUAGAUCUUGUUUAUGUGCUUUUUAGA